AUGUUCCGCACACUUGUUAGACGUGCUGCCCAGCAGACCCGGUUAGAGCUACCAUAUGAUCCGAAUACAAAUCCUUACAAAGCAAAAAGACUGUGGCCUCCCGAUUUCUCCAAAUUAUCACAAAAGCAUCAAUUCCGACUUGAACGAAGAUACAAAAGGAGAACGAAGCUCAAGUGGGCGAGACCGAGAUGGACAAAAGCUGUCAAAGUCGCACAAUUGAGUUCUAUUCUAUUUGUGAUAGUUUACGGAGUGCUCUUCGCGGAUUGGAAUAAAGACAACUUGGUUCACGAGGAGGCACCAUUUCAAGGAGUUCGGGAAUGGUUUUUUGGACUUACAGGAUCACUGUGGUCAAAGGACCAAGUUCACAAACGUGUAAAUCAAGCCGAAGAUGUAUCACCUGUAGCAAAGAAUAGCACCUGA